AUGGACUUCAGGGUGUCCAACUGGGUACCUUGUAGAUACAUUAAUAAACGGGUAGAGGGAAGUUACGUCGUAGUAAGAAAUUUUCUGACCAGGCUCAAUUUUGUGGAAAAGUUUGAGUGGGCCAGUCCUUCCACCGUAGAAUGCAGACCUAAUAUUAAUUGGGCCAUCAUCCAAAUAAUUUCUAAACAUUUUCCGCAUUUCGUAAUCUUUUGAGACCAUAUUACGUAUUUCACACUCCCAAUAAACUUUCACAUUCACUCCCAAAUUCUUGAUAAAAUUUAAGCGCUGUUGGUCUUUCUGUCUCUGUUGACCAGCAGUAAGACCUGUUGGGAGUUUAAUGUCGUCAUCGGGGUAGCACUUAAUACAUCCGUGCCAACAACACCCAUUUACCUCAAUAGCCAGUUUCUUUUCCUUGACCCACCCGUCUAAUUUAUAUUUACCCAUCUUCUUCUCUCCAUUUUCUGAGUGUGCUGUCCUAAUGUUGACCAUAUUCUUUUCAGAGUACCACUUGAGGAAGCGGAGGGCCAACAAACUUUGAUUGUCCACAUUGUCGUAACCCUUUUCAGGUACAAUUCCAACAUGUUGUCGUUUGAGGUGAUUCAUCCUGAAAUGCUU